AUGGAGAAUGAUUUUUGCAAAUUUGUGCAAAAGUGCCAUAAAUGUCAAGUGCACGGUGAUUUGAUCAGAGUGCCACCUCACAAACUUAAUUCUAUGAGUUCACCUUGUACAUUCGUAGCUUGGAGAAUGGAUGUCAUCGGUAUGAUAGAGCCAUCCAUUUCUAAUGGACACAGAUUCAUUUUGGUCGCCAUUGAUUAUUUCACUAAGUGGGUGAAAGAAGCUUCUUACAAGUUGGUAACCAAGAAAGUGGUAGAUGAUUUUCUUCGCUACAAUCUCAUAUGUAGAUUUCGUGUGCCAGAAUCCAUCAUUACUGAUAAUGGUGCAAAUCUCAGCAGUCACUUGAUGCGAGAGAUAUGUGAGCAAUAUAAGAUUACUCAUCAAAAUUCAACUACUUAUCGUCCCCAAAUGAACGGAGCUUAUAUGAAAAAAGAGGCAGUCAUACCUGCUGAAGUGGAGAUACCAUCAUUGAAAAUCAUCCAGGAAGAUAAGUGGAGUAAUGCUGAAUGGGUGAGCAAGCGGAUUGAUCAAUUAACUUUGAUUGAUGAGAAGAGAAUGGUUUUCUUCUGUCAUGGUCAGUUGUAUAGGCAGAGAAUGGUUCGUGCCUUGCACAAGAUAGUAAGAGCUAGAGUUUUCGAAGUUGGUCAAUUGGUCCUUAAGCGCGUUUUUCCUCAUCAACAUGAAUACAAAGGAAAAUUUGCACCAAACUGGCAAGGUCCUUACAUGGUUCGUAAAGUAUUAUCUGGAGGUGCUUUGGUCCUGUCGAAGAUGGAUGUAACCGUAUGGCCGAAACCGAUCAAUUUAGAUGCCGUCAAGAGAUACUGCGUGUGA